CGUUGGGACAUUGUCUCAGAUGGUUAAUUGGCCUCAGAUGAGUGAUUCUGAGGAUGAAGUUGAAAAAAAUGUUUUUGUUGAGCUCACUCAGGAUGAGUUGGACCGUGCCACAACAGAGAAGAUUGAUUCUGGUAAUGAAAACUCUGAAGCCGUGAAAACUUUAGUGGAAGAGUUUGAUUCUAAGGGAGGACUUCAUGAUGGUGUCAAGCAUGAUUGUUUUCCAUCUGCCUCCACAGAUGGAAGGGCUUCAGUGGAACCUAAAGUAUCUGAGAAAGGGCUUCUUGAUGCUAUUCAGCAGGAUUACUUCCCAUCUGCCUCCAUAGAGAGUUUUGAAUUACCUCUUUCAGAAUCAAAAAGGGUUGGGUCUGAAGGAAAGCCACUAGUCAUCAUUGAUGAUUAUAUAGGCUGCAGUAAGUAUUUUGAUUCUGGUAAAGCUGAUGUUAAGAUUUUUCAAGAGUUUCCGGUCCUUGAGAAGAUGGAUUCUGGAAAUAAAGAGCCUCAAAAGAAAACUUCACUGGAAGAGUUUGAUUCUGAGAAAUCUGAUUUCAGUGUGGCUGGAGUGAAGAUUGCUGCAGGACAGACACCAGUCGUCAUUGAGGAUAAUGGCUGGAAGAAAGACCACAAAGACGAGUCUAGUGGGGUUGAAGUUAGGACUGUUGGGGGACCAGACGCUGCCAUUGACAAUGCUGCUGAUAUACAUGAUUCCGCCAAAGUGAGUUUCACAGAAGUAAUUCUGAUCGUGUGAGGAUUGUCUUCGCUUGGAAUUUGCUCAUGCAAUUGUAAUUCGACGUUCCAUUAUGAUGGACCUAAUUCUGUAUACUUUGCUUGACUUUAUCUGUCACUCCGCAGCGCAUAUCUAGAGCUGUUACUCUUCAUAACUCUAAUUGAAAGAUUGCUUUUAAAGACCUUCAUUGACAAAUUGCUUGAUAUGAUAUGUGAUGGUUUUGC